CAGGCAGUAGAGUUGUUUCGAUGAGUCCCAGAAUGGGGUGUUUGGAAAACGAUUGUGCAAAGAGUUGUUCCAUUCAUGUUGAUGAUGGUAGUACAGUUGGCAAGGUUAUAACUUGCAAAGCCGCCGUGGUCUAUGCCCCCGGACAGCCCAUGAUCGUGGAGGACAUUCUGGUGGCUCCGCCGCAGAAAAUGGAGGUCAGAGUCAAGAUCCUGUUCAGUUCGAUUUGUCAUUCCGACCUAAGUGCCUGGCUAGGCAAGAACGAAGCCGAACGUGUUUUCCCUCGAAUUUUGGGUCACGAAGCCUCUGGGGUGGUUGAGAGCGUGGGAGAAGGGGUGGGGGAUUUGAAACCGGGAGACCACGUGGUACCAAUCUUCAACGGGGAAUGCGGGGACUGCGCCUACUGCAAAUCCGAGAAGACCAACCUGUGCAAAGAUUAUCGGGUGAAUCCCUUGAAGAGUACGAUGAUUAAUGACGGAAAGUGUCGGUUUUCCAGCAAGGAUGGGAACCCCAUCUAUCAUUUCCUCAACGCUUCCACAUUUACCCAGUACACUGUACUUGAUUCCGCCUGUGUUCUCAAGCUUGACCCAUUGGCUCCCCUCAAAACCAUGACCUUGCUUAGCUGUGGAGUUUCUACCGGACUUGGAGCCGUGUGGAACACCGCCGACGUUCAAGCCGGAGACACAAUAGCUGUUUUUGGCCUCGGAGGCGUUGGUUUGGCUGUCGUGGAAGGUGCACGAAUUAGAGGUGCAUCAAAAAUAAUCGGAAUAGACACUAAUUCCAGUAAACAUAUCAAAGGUGAAGCUGUUGGAAUUACCCAUUUCAUAAACCCAAAGGAACUUGACAAGCCCGUUCACGAGAAAAUUCACGAAAUGACAGGAGGUGGUGUGCACUAUAGCUUUGAGUGUGUUGGACACCCCGAUGUACUCCGCGACGCGUUCUUAUCCACUAGUGACGGUUGGGGAUUGACGGUGGUUCUGGGGAUACAUACGAGCCCAACGACACUGCCAAUCCACCCAAUGGAGCUGUUUGACGGGCGGAGGGUGGUGGCGUCGGUCUUCGGCGACUUCAAAGGGAAGUCACAAUUGCCUCACUUUGCCAAACAAUGCAUGGAAGGGGUGGUUAAGCUGGAUGAAUUCAUCACCCACGAAAUGGAAUUUGAGCAGAUAAAUGAGGCCUUCCAGCUGCUUAUUGAAGGAAAAUCAUUGCGUUGUCUUCUUCGUCUUUGAUGCAUUUUCUCAGGAAAUUGGCCAACAUUCAUGCAAAAAUUUUAAAUUUUCAAUGCAUUUUAUUAAAUUACAUUAUAAAUUACUGUGCAUCAAAAACAUUAUAAAUUACUGUGCAUUUUCUUGUAAUUUUUCUCUAAUUUUCUAUAAA